CCGUCCUGGAUCAUUCCUGCCGAGAGCAUCACCAACUGGGUCCUCGCUCCCGUCGCCCACGGCGGCUUUGGCGAGGUCUACCGAGCCUCAUACAACGGAAUCGACGUUGCUGUGAAGCAGCCCUUCCGCGGCCAGAACAAUCGGUUGCUGGACGACUUUCGGAAGGAAAUCGCCAUCUGGAGCAAGCUGAGCCAUCCACACGUCCUGCCGUUCAUCGGCGCCUGCGACAACAACUCCAAGCACUGCGUCGUCUCGCCAUUCAUGCCCAACGGCACACUCCACGCCUAUAUCAGCAAUCCAAGCUCCGUGCGUCCCCUCAACGAAAAGCUCUGUCUCCUCUACCAAGUGGCCUCGGGCAUGGCGUAUCUGCACGCAAACAACAUUGCCCACGGCGACCUGAAGCCGAUCAACGUUCUGAUGGACAAGUCCUUCUCGGCCGUCAUUGCCGACUUUGGCCUGGCCUGCAUCCGAGCCGACUCGGACCGAAGCGACAACAGAGAGGGCUCGAUUUCCGGCACUCCCGGCUUCAUGGCCCCCGAGCUGCUGGGUGGGCCGCACCAAACGCUGAUCACCAAGCGCUCGGACGUCUUUGCCUUUGCCAUCGCUGCGGUCGAGGUCAUCAAGGACGGCCGGCCCGCAUGGACCCGCAAUGGCAACCGCCUGGAUAACGGCUCGAUCACCAGACAUGUUCUUCGCGGCGACCGACCCGCACGCAUCAGCGGUGUCUCUGAUGACGUCUGGCAGCUCAUCAGCGAGUGCUGGGCACAGGCUCCCGAUGGUCGCCCAAAGUUCCCCGCCAUCGUCGAGGCCCUC